AUGUCGCAGGACGAGUGGACCGGUGUCAAGGUCCGGAACACCUUUUUCAAGUAUUUCGAAGAGCGAGACCACACCAUUGUCCCGUCUUCUUCAGUCGUCCCCCACGAUGACCCUACCUUGCUCUUCACCAAUGCCGGAAUGAACCAGUUCAAGCCUAUUUUUCUCGGUACCGUCGCCAGCACGAACGACCUGUCCAAGCUGAAGCGCGCCGUGGAUUCGCAGAAGUGUAUCCGCGCCGGAGGCAAGCAUAAUGAUCUCGAUGAUGUCGGCAAAGACAGUUAUCACCACACAUUCUUCGAAAUGCUCGGCAAUUGGUCGUUUGGUGACUAUUUCAAGAAGGAUGCCAUCAAGUGGUCAUGGGAACUUCUGACAAAGGUCUAUGGGUUAGAUCCUCAGAGACUAUAUGUUACCUACUUCGAGGGCUCCCCCGAGAUGGGCCUGGAACCCGAUUUGGAAGCCAAAGAGCUAUGGCUGGCCAAUGGCGUGCCAGAGGACCACAUUCUGCCAGGUAACAUGAAGGACAACUUCUGGGAGAUGGGUGAAACGGGACCUUGUGGCCCUUGCAGCGAGAUUCACUACGACAAAGUUGGCGGACGUAACGCUGCUCACUUGGUGAACCAAGACGACCCAUUGGUCGUUGAGGUCUGGAAUAAUGUCUUCAUGCAAUAUGACAGACAGAAGGACAGGUCGCUAAAGUCUCUGCCUGCCAAGCACAUUGAUACUGGCAUGGGUUUCGAACGACUGGUUUCUGCCCUCCAGAACAAGUCCUCCAACUACGCUACCGACAUCUUCGCUCCUCUGUUCAAACAGAUACAAAAGGUUACCGGUGCUAGGGACUAUACCGACAAGUACGGUAAAGACGAUGCCGAUGGUAUUGACACCGCCUACCGGGUAGUCGCCGAUCACAUUAGACUGUUGACCUUCUCCAUCUCCGACGGCGCUGUGCCAAACAAUGACGGCAGAGGUUACGUUGUCCGACGUGUCCUACGAAGAGGUGUACGAUAUGCUCGAAAGUAUUUCAAUGCUGAGAUUGGCUCCUUCUUCUCACAGAUUUUACCUGCUCUGGUGGAACAGAUGGGCGAGCAAUUCCCCGAAAUCGUGAAGAAGCAGGUUGAUCUCAAGGAGAUUCUGGACGAAGAGGAGGAGGCCUUUGCCAGGACCCUCGACCGUGGAGAGAAGCAGUUUGAGAAAUUUGCUGCACACGCUUCCAGUGGCGGUUCCAAGAAGUUGUCUGGCGCGGAUGUAUGGAGACUUUACGACACAUUUGGCUUCCCUGUGGACUUGACAAAACUCAUGGCCGAAGAGAGAGGUUUGGAUAUUGACGAAGAGGAGGUCGCUAUUGCCCAGGAGAAGGCCCGUGAGGCCAGCAAGGCUGUCAAGGAUGCUGUGCAGACAUUCUCGAAACUCAACGUUCACCAAAUUGCUGAGCUUAAGGACAAGCUCCAAAUACCAACGCCCGACGACGAAUCCAAGUUCCAGAAGGGUGACAUAAAGGCCAAGGUGCAGCUGAUUUUCAACGGCACCGAGUUUAUCAAGUCGACUAAGGACAUCAAGCCGAAUACACCACUAGGAGUCUUGCUCAACAAGACCAACUUCUACGCUGAACAAGGUGGACAAGUGGCCGAUACCGGCCGUAUCAUCAUCGAUGGUGCUGCUGAGUUCAAGGUGCUCGAUGUCCAACAGUAUGGUGGGUACGUCUUACACAAUGGUUUCCUGGAAUAUGGACAGCUCGAGGCCGGCGACGAGGUUAUCUCAGAGUAUGAUGAACUGCGAAGAAACCCUAUUCGAAACAAUCAUACCGGCACACAUAUCCUCAAUCACUCGCUUCGAGAGGUUUUGGGUGACGAUAUCAACCAAAAGGGCUCCCUGGUCGAUCAAGACAAGCUGCGCUUUGAUUUCUCUCACAAGACUGGAGUGACGGUUCCUGAGCUGAAGAAGAUUGAGGAUUUGUCGAAUUCUUACAUUAGACAAAACUGUAAGAUCUACUCCAAGGAUGUUGAGCUCGACCUUGCCAAGAAGAUCAACGGUGUCCGUGCUGUCUUUGGCGAGACAUACCCGAAUCCUGUUCGUGUUGUCUCAGUCGGUAUUGACGUGGAUAUGCUCCUUGAAACCCCCGAGAAUCCCGAAUGGCGUAAAGUGAGUGUUGAGUUCUGUGGUGGCACUCACGUUGAUCAGACUGGUAUCAUCAAGGACAUGGUCAUUGUUGAGGAGAGCGGUAUUGCCAAGGGUAUUCGUCGUAUGGUUGCUUACACCGGAGAUGCUGCCCACGCUGUACAACGCAAAGCUGCUGAGUUCUCGGAGCGCAUUGCCGAAAUUGACGCACUUCCUUAUGGGCCCGAGAAGGAGGACAAGGUCAAGCAAGCUCAAGCCGAGCUGAAUGGUCUCGUCGUUUCUGCCGUGCGCAAGGACGAACUGAAGACCAAGUUCGGCAAGGUCAGCAAGAGCGUUGUUGAUGAACAGAAGAAGAGGCAGAAGGCUGAGUCGAAGACUGCAUUGGACACCGUAGCUGCGCACUUUUCAAAGGAUGAGAACAAGGACGCCAAGUACUUCGUUGGACACUUGCCUAUUUCCGCCAACGCUAAAGCUCUGGCGGAUGUUCUCAAGCACUACCAGACCAAGGAUAAGACCAAGUCUGUGUACUUGAUUGGAGGAAGCUCAAGGGAGGGAGCGGUUGCGCAUGCUGUUUACGUUGGCACGGAUCUUGCUGCCAAAGGUGUCACUGCUGAGAAAUGGUCCAGCGCUGUCUCUGAAGUUGUGGGAGGACAGGCUGGUGGUAAGGAGCCAGUCCGACAAGGUCGUGGCACUAACGCCGACAAAAUCGAUGAUGGUGUGGAGGCUGCCCGCAAAUACCUCGAGAGCUUGAGCAUCUGA